AACACAUUUUCAAAACAAAUUAGAGAAACACACAAUUAUAAAAUGAAAUCAAUCAUUCUAUUCUAUUAAGUUCGAUCAAUUAAUUAUCUUGGUUUCACUUUGUUUGCUUCAAUUUACAAAAAUCAAACAAAAUCAAUCUCAUUUAAUAACAAGAAGUUUGAUCUGAUUCGAAUUUAAAAUAUUUUCAUCUAAUUCAGUCAGUAUCAUGCAUAUCCAUAAGCGAUUCAUUCAAGUGACUUAAAUUAUUUACUUGUUUUUUAGUUUGGUUAAUGGAUGAUUUAUCCUCAAAUAUUAUAUAUUGUCGGUUUUCCUUCUAAUAAACAUAUAAUUCAAGAAAAAAAAAAGUAAUUUUUUUGCUCUUAUAAACAUUUUUUAUAAGGAUAAAAUCAUUAAAUAUAUCCAAAAAAUAUUAUCAUACGAAUUAAAAAACGGUUGGGGUCAUGCCAAACGUAACCACCAAAAAUGCUUUAGUAACUUCCCGAAAUGCGAGUAGCGCCACUCUAUCAACUCUAGAUUCCCACAAUUCUUCUUCUGAUUUUGUGUAAAGCUUUGAUUUCUUUUUUUUUUUUUUUUUUGGAAAAGGGUAAAAAGAUAAAUGGAGAAAAUUGCAGGAAAAGAGACGGCUUUGGAGCUGAAGAAAGAGCUGCAGAGAGUGACGGAAGCCCUGAUGGUAGACGAUGAUGAUGAUUUGGAGAUUACUGAUUAUGCAAUUCAGACAUUGUGUGCCCUAAAGGAAUUGAAGCUGAAACAGAGUGAUUUUGAUCAGGGGUUUAUGAAGUUGAAGAAUCUCGAAUUCCAAGAACCACCUCAAGAAUUUCGGUGCCCAAUUUCUGGGAUUUUGAUGAAAGACCCUGUUGUUGCUGCUUCUGGUCAGACAUUUGAGGAGCUAUCAAUUCGAAAAUGGCUAAACGAGGGAAACACAAAAUGCCCACAGACUCAUCAAUUACUGCCUCACACUCUCCUCAUCCCUAAUUACUCAAUCAAGAACAUGAUCAUCAACUGGUGUAAGGCAACUAGCAGAGGGGACGCCCCAAGAACUAGCCCUACACGUGCAGACGAACUUGGAGCAAAUGUGUCCAGGGAGCAUCAGAUGGAGCUUCUCGAGAGGCUCUCAUCCUCAUCACUCCCGGAUCAGAUGGCCGCUGUGAAAGAGCUCCGUUUGCUCACAGCCCGUUUGCCCUCUGCCCGUUCCCUUUUUGGAGAGAUCAAUGGUGCUACAUCCCUACUACUCAGUCCAUUGUUAGUCGAGAGGUGCUAUUCCGAUGCUGCAUUGUACGAGGAUGUGGUGGCAACGAUCUUGAACAUCUCCACUGAUCACUCAUGUAAGAUGAAAAUUUUGGAAGGGAGGAGCACAUCAGCUGUUUCUUUCCUCUCGGAGGCACUGAGGAGUAAGAAGAGUGAGACGAGAGGGCACGCUGCUGCUGCCCUUUCUGCACUGUCGACAGUAGAUUCAAACAAAGGCGUGAUUGGAGAAUUGGGCGCUGUUAAGCCGUUGAUCAAGCUGUUGGAAGAAGGGCAUCCGCUGGCCUCAAUAGAUGCAGCCUCGGCUAUUCUGAAUCUGUGCACACUGAUUGAGAAUAGGGAAAGAGCUCUCUCUCAAGGAGUGGUGAGGGUGGUCAUAGAUAAGAUCGAGGGAGGCGUGUUGAUGAACGAAAUGGUGGAGAUUCUUGAGCGGAUGUGCGGCCAUGAGAGGGCCGUUGAGGAGAUGGAAGAGCGCGAUAUGGUAUCGCGCCUAUUGAGCAUAGUACGAGACGACGUUGGAGAGCGUAGUAAGGAAAAGUGUGUGGCCAUUGUGUAUAGUAUGUGCUAUAGUGAUCCAAGGAAGCUAGAGCAAGUGCCAUAUGCACGCGAAGCUCUCUUUGGUCUAACCAAGACAGGAACUUCAAGAGCUAAGAGGAAGGCAACCGCCCUUUUGCAGAGGCUCAAUAGGCUUACAAAUUCCACACAUGAUUUCUGGGUUGGGCUUUCAAAAUAAAGAGACAUGGGCUUUGUAUAGUAGGAUUUGCUUAAUUUGUGUGAUGUUUCCAUAUACGAAGAAGAUAAAUUGUUGAUUUUUGCAA